AGCUCUCCUCGGGAAGGACAUUUAGGAAACAUCCAUGACUUGACAACCACAUUAAUUUAACAGCUAAACUUGUGUGGUAGUUUAACGUGUAACCCGCGAUGUUUCAAAGGAGUACAACCCUAAGCCGAAUUCUAAACCUCGUGCCUGGGAAACGUCGUUUUGGCAUGUAUAGAUUUCUUCCUUUAUUUUUUUGCAUCGGGGGCGUCAUGGAGUGGAUCAUGAUCAACGUGAGAAUAGGAAAAGAAACGUUUUAUGAUGUCUACCGAAGGAAACGAUCAGAAAGGGAGUACCAACAGAAAUUAGCAGAUGGUUUCAUCGUUCUAAAUGAGCCUACAGCCAAGUGAAUGAUACCUGUUUGGACUUGGCGCAUUUCAUCAUGGACAUAACCUUGGAAUUCUGUCAUCCUAUCUUAAAUGCAUAAAAUAAUGGAAAAAUCCUGCACCUUUUAUUGUUUAUUUGCGUAGGUUUACAUUCAAAAUAAAUGACUGUAUGUUCACAAUCACCACUGAAGUGUUUGAUUUGGCUUUAAAUACA